AUGUCAAAAUCGCGAGGCAACGUUAUUAACCCCAAUGAGUUAGUGGAGAAAUACGGAGCCGACGCUUUGCGUCUUUACGAGGUUUUUGUUGGGCCUAUCGACCAAACCGCUAAUUUUAAUACUGACGGC